UGCUGCAACUGUGCCCUAUUCAGCGCCUCCCUUUGCGAUCCUUUCGGUGCUGCCUGAUGCAGCGCUGACAAGUGACAACUCACCCUUGCCAACUUUCGACAUUGCAAAAAGGACACCGGCAUGGAGGAGAUGGAUGCAGCCGGAAAGCGCAUGCUGAGUCAAGCACUCAAGAUUGCCAAGGCCGCCGUUCUUAUGGACACCGAAAAUGAACUUGAGCCAGCACUACACGCUUAUGAACAUGCGUGUAAACUCCUUCUUACAGUCAUUCAAGGUGAUGACUGCAUAGGCAACGAUAAGCUGAAACUCCAGCGUAUUCACGACACAUACGCAGAACGUGCGGCCUUGCUGCGACAAAUGAAUCCAGCUUCACACAGCUGGCGGCCUGCAACGCCGAUAGCAGAUGACAGGCGACGCUCAAACUCGACCGUAACAACAACCAUUUCUGCUCCACCGCUCAGCGCUCCGAGCAGUAAGGGCAGCAUUAAGCAAGUCGAUGGCGCAGAGUCAAACACCACACCGCCGAUGCUCCAUGCGCAACCAAGUCCAACGAUUCCACUUGUACGCACAACUUAUGUCGAAUCACCCACGCCGUCGCCACUGCUAGACUUGCGUCGACCGUCGGGCGCGAGUAUCCAAGGCAUGAUACAGACGCCGCGAUCCAUUGAACGUCAGGCAUUUCGUCCCCUGAUGACACGAACCACUACUGAGCCCGUUCCUGCUUCCACUACGACCGGCUCGGUAGCCAUGCAAAAGACAACGAGCGCGACGAGUGAUACCUCCCCCAAAAGAAAGCUACAGGAUCGUUUGCAAAACGGUGGGUUUGUGUUUGGCCAACGUUCUCGCAGACCUAGUCAGCAGGAUGUUGAGGAUAGUCUGCGCACGCCAGUGCAGUCUUCCGUCUUGCCAAAGUCUCUCGAUGUGGAUGAAGCGGAUUCGUCGGUCCCGGCAUCCACGACGGAUCAAUUACUUCAACCUUAUAUGCUCUUCUCGCAACUGCGGCAGACAUUGGCGUAUGCAGGUGCGGAGAAGAUAGCUGUUCAAUUGACGCCUGCUCUACAAGUAUCAGGCGACAUUUGGCGUCAAAAGGAUUGCAAGAUAAAAGCUGAAGAGGAAAAGAUUCAAGCCUACGAUGGUGUUGCCAGAAGUUUACGAUCACUUUGUCUUGUUGAGGAAGCAGGACAACCGAUUGUUAUGGCGGCAUUGGGGCAAUUGGAAGCGGCGCUCAUUACUGCUCGCGCCAUUCUUGCGAAAAAGCUCGGGGAUCGCUUUGAGGGCUGUCUCAGCUAUCGUCAGUAUGAAGGAGGCAAAGCACCUACACGCAAAAUGUCUUCCGCAUCAAAGGGUCUUACCAAACUCUUGACGCGUCGAACGAGUUCUUCAUCGGGCUUUCCCAUACCGAGCAGCUACUACAACAGCUAUUCCAUAUUUGGGGAACCAAAGACUGAUACGCAUGGCGUUUCUGUACUGGCUGGCGAUGAUCAAUUCGAAGGUCGUCAUCGGCUAUACCAAGCAGUCCUCUCACAAAUCUUUGAUAUGAGCCAAGUGCUAGCGAGGUUGAAUGAGUCGAUGGAUCCGGAUCAGAUGCAGGUGAAGGAUCUGCUGCGCUUUGAGCAAUUGAUGCGGCAUGCGGCGGAUUUCUUUGGCAAUGUGGUGAUACGUCUCUAUCUGCAUGAUAUUGGCAGUCUAUUGACUCACAAGCUGAGCCAAAGGAUGGCAAUUUAGCUAAGAAGUAAGAAGACGUAGUUCAUGCUUGAAUUUUGGCUGAGUCAGCAAUCUCCACGGCCCUGAAAGUCGCCAUCAAACCAUUUCCCCCGCCCAACACCAUCAUCACACACAACACCGGCCCUUUCUCUCUGACUCACAACGACUGAAACACUCAACGAUGGCGCGAUCAUCAUUCAAGGACGUAAGCGCCCCUCUUGCGCCCGCUAUCAUGCGUGCGCUCUCGUCGCGCAAUGCUUAAAUCGCGUUACGGCGCAAUCUUGUUUAGGCAAAGCACUGACGCGCUCUUCACUCUAGGAACAUCCAUUUGAGAAGCGCAAGGCUGAAGCAGAACGUAUUCGACAAAAGUACAUUGAUAGAAUUCCUGUCAUUUGCGAAAAGGUAAGGCGCGCCUGUUGCUUGAGAAUCU